AUGUAAUUUUUGAGUUAUUUGGAUAUUAUUGAUAUAUAGAAACUUGACGUCAAUAUAUCAAUAGGGAAGAUAUUUUUUUUAUAAUCGUUAUUAUGUUGCGUGAUCUCAACUACUACUUUCUUACCGAGCUUAUAGCAUAACUAAUUGUACGGUUUAUUUUUCAUGUUUAUAUUAUCUGUUUUGAAUAUCGAUAUUUUAGGCUUGGUGAAUCAAAUAUGGUAUUCAGAGAAAAAUAUUAAAAACUUAUGGAUACAUGUUAAUUAAUAGUAGUAACAACAUUCCUUGCUUAUUCUUUUGAGUCUAUUAUAGAAAUAUUAACUUUAGUUUAUUUUUCAAUUAAUCUUGUAUUUGAACUUAUUCACCUUUUAUGGUUUAAAAAAUCUCAUACAACAAAUUACAAAAAAACAAAUGGGUUUCUAUAAAUGUAUUAUGGUUUUAUUUUUGGAACACUUACAAUUAUUGCUUUUCUAAUGUUCAUGGCUCUAAAUUAUAAGAAAGUUUAGAUGUGAGAAGUUUAGAAACAAAUAUAUAUAUAAAGAAUUUUUGGGAAAUUUCAGGUCUUUGUCUAACUUUUUAUCUUUGCUGUGGAAAUAGAACUCUCAUGAAUUAGUCAAAUGA